GCUCCGCCCCAGCCCGCUGGGAGCUGGAGCCGGCCGGCCCCGCCGCGGCGGAGCGAGCCGAGCCAUGGGGCCGCAGUGAGUGCCCGGCACCGCCCCGCUGCGCCCGGCCAUGGCGCCCAUGGGGAUCCGCCUCUCCCCGCUCGGCAUGGCCGUGUUCUGCCUGCUGGGGCUGGGUGUCCUCUACCAUCUCUACUCCGGAUUCCUGGCCGGCCGCUUCGCCUUCUUCAUGCUGAGCGAGCCGGCGGCGGGCGGACCCGAGGGAUCCCGCGGUUCGACGGCCAACGUGGACCUGCGGGAGCUGCUGGCCGUGUCUGUGCUGGCGGCCGUGCGGGGCGGCGUGGAGGUGCGGCGGGUCCGCGAUGGCAACGUGCUCAACGAAAAGGCCAAGGGGAAGACGCGGGAGGGGGCCGAGGAGAAGCUGACGAGCGGCGAUCUGCUGUCCAACCGCCGCAUGUUCCACCUGCUGAGGGCCGCCUUCCCCGCCGUGCAGAUAAACUCUGAGGAACGUGUUGAUACAACUGAUCAGGAGACAGUCUCUUGGGAUCGCAAUAUUCCUGAAGAUAUAAAAGAAAAAAUACAGCCUAAAGAGGUUCCAGCAGAAAGUGUUACUGUCUGGAUUGAUCCAUUAGAUGCUACACAAGAGUACACAGAGGAUCUUCGGCAGUAUGUCACAACAAUGGUUUGUGUGGCUGUAAAUGGGAAACCAGUAAUAGGAGUGAUACAUAAGCCAUUCUCGGCAUAUACAGCCUGGGCAAUGGUGGAUGGUGGGUCAAAUGUAAAAGCUCGUUCCUUCUACAAUGACAAGACUCCAAGGAUUAUUGUAUCCCGCUCCCACGCAGGAAAAGUGGAGCAGGUUGCACGGCAGACCUUUGGAAAUAAGACUGUGAUAAUCCCCGCUGGAGGAGCAGGUUACAAAGUGCUGGCUCUCCUUGACGUGGCUGAAAAGAAUCAAGAAGAAGCUGAUGUGUAUAUCCAUGUCACCUAUAUUAAGAAGUGGGACAUAUGUGCUGGAAAUGCAGUGUUGAGAGCAUUGGGUGGCCACAUGACUACUCUGACGGGUGAAGAAAUUAGUUACACUGGCUCAGAUGGCAAUGAGGGAGGACUCAUAGCCAGUAUCAACAUGGACCAUAAAGCACUAAUUGAAAAACUUCCAGAUCUGGAAAAAACAUCACACAAAUAAAUGUGGUUGAUGGAGAAAUACAAGUCAUGCUUUUGUAGCCUCCAGAUGCUCUGUCUAGAGAAGCAGGUUUGAAUACUUGCUGGGAAAGAUGAACAGCAAAGCAGUUUGGUGAGGAUGUGGGGACUGUAUCAUGCAUUGGGUUAUCUCAGCGAUGGUAUUUAAAAAAAAAAUCAACAAUAAUAAUAAUAAGCAGAAGUAGGAAGAGGACUGACUGCCUCACACCUCAGUUUCCGUGUCUUUUUUUUCUUUUGGACCAUUUUCAUGCAGUUCUUACAUUCAAGAAGCAUAUACGUUACAUAGUUGUGAACAUAGGAGAAUUAAAGAGAAAUCCAAAUUGAUUCAUAAAAUAACCUAAGUAAUUCUCACAGGAAUUGCUUGGAAACUUUUACAUCAUGUUACUGUAGUUUUAGCGACUCCUUAAUGAAUUAAGUAGAAACAAAGGUUGAUUUAUGUAGGUGUUUGAUAACUGUAAACAAUCUAAUAGGAAGGAUGACCCUGUGUUCUGUAUCCCCUGAACAGAAAGCACAAGAAGAUUGACACAAAUUUAUAUGCUGCAACAGUCUAUCUUUUGAUAGAGUGGCACUCUUUCUGCUUUUGAAGAGGAAAAUAAAAAAAAAAAGAAAAAGAAAUGUUCUGUACUAUUUUCACUUUCUCCUGAAGAUUUAAACCAGUUUAAUUCAUAUGAGUUGUGAAUGUCAGUGUUUUAUUUAUUAGUGAAAUUAUUUCCAUAUACCUUUUUAGAAGAAAGCAAUGCUUCCUUGUAUAGUUUUUAACUGUUAAUUCUUGUUCUUGCUGACUUCUCUGUACAGUGUUGAAGAUGCAUGCUAGGUUUUCCUCUGAUGUAGGUCUUGUUCAUCACUUGGUGUUUGUACUUACAGAAGCAUCCUCUUCAGUACCUCUUUAUUGUUUGUUUGUUUGUUUUUUUCUAUCUUUCAGUAGAGCCACGCUCGUAUGGAAUGGCUGAUUGGUUGGUUCCCUUUACAACAUGAGCUAAAAGUAGCAUAUUUUUUUUUUUCUAGAACCUCCCAAAGUGACUUUCUGUCUUUUUAGAUUAAGGGACAUUCUUUUCUGCUGUAAGUUCUUGAGCCAUCCCAAAUUACUUAUGGUUACUUAAUUUAUACAUACGUAGACUGUUUUCUGUUAACUUGAGUCUAUUCAAGCAAGCUUGAAGAACAAGUGGCACUUGAAGUCCACAAAACCUUACUGAAAAAUGCUCUUUGUGAGUCCAGCUUGCAUGUAGAAUGUGGGCCAUUUGAUAUUAAGUGCUGAAUUUUAGAGUAUCUCUAAAAUAGGCAGAGUUCUGUCUACAUUGGUUUUGUUGUUCUGUGCACCCCUCUGAAGGGAUUUCAGAAAGUUAAAACAAACCUGUUAUAAUUAUCAGUAGGUUCCUGUUUCUUCUCACAAAAACUAAAAUACUUAAUUAAUACAAAUACAAAUACUUAAUUAAAAAAUAAAAAAGGUGUUUCAGUUUGGCUUUCUAAACCAAAUUCUCAUGUUUGUUUUCAUCUUCUUUCACCAUCCUGCUGUUCUGAUCAAAAAGAGGUUUUUCUCCUUAUGCCAGCUGGGGAAUAUGCGACAAUACGUCUUUCAAUGUUCUUCUUGCUUGCAUUCAUGUUUCCAAAAGACCUCCUCAGAUGUUGCAUAAUUACAGAUACAGACUUUUAUGUUGUUAACUUACUGGCAGGGUAGACUGAUUGCUUAGUCUCACUAGCCUUUUGGUACGGGUAGAUUUUCUUCUGAUUUUUUUUUUUCCCAAAAUUGAUACUAUUGCUGCUAUUUGUGCAUUGCUUUUACAUGUGUAGGUAAUAUAUGAAGCAACUUAAUUUCCAAGUUAAGUUUAAUGAACAGCUGUAUAUGCUAUGAUGGGUAAGUGAAUAUACCCCUUUAGAAAAGAGGCUGAUAUUUUUCAACAAAACUUUGUUGAGCUUCCAAACCUCAAUGAAAAAUAAAAGUCCAGGUAUUUACCAAGGCGUUAGUAAUGUUUUACAAGAUAAUUGCAGCUUCCCACCUCCCCCCUCCCCCCACUCCCACCUCAUGCUGAUAGAAGUGGCUUGAAGCCUAACAAUAUAUAUUUAUUUUUUUUUUCAAAAAAAAAAAAAAAAAAAAAGCUUUUCUACUUAGUAAUUAAAGAAUUUGGAUUACAUUAUAAGGAUGAGAAAUAGCCACAAUUGGCCUGGUGUUAAAAUUUGAGUGUGUCACAGAGCUUGGAUGCACAAUAUUUAGGAUAAUUAAUGUUUGUAGAAGGUGUGAUUGUUUUAGAUUCAGAUUGAAAGCAUGUGUACAUUUACCUUGUGAAAAUGUAACUGCUUUUAAUUUGGGCAGGAUUCUAUCACUUGCUUGCGUAAGUUGUGAGCAGGCUUAGCUUCGGCAUAGAAAUGAAGAAUAGCAUUACGUAUUGUAAAAGAACUUACUGGCAUUUUAGUUGAAGGCAUACAGUGUUUGCCUGAAUUAUUUUUCCUUAGGAAGCUAAAAAUGGUAUGAAGAAGAGCCCCAGUUCUCCUUUCCUUUCUCCCCUGUGCCGGAAAAAAAUACCUAGUUUUUCAUCAGGAAGAUGUUUGCUUGUUCAGAUCUGCUUGUAUUCUAAAUUGCUUUGUUAGAUGCAACCACAGUGUUUGAUACCUUUCCACUUCUGGCCUCUUUUUGGCCCAGUCUCAUUUCAUCUGCUAGUGCAGGAAAGGUGGGAGUGAAGUCCCAAUUUAGUCACCUCUAGCACAACUGGACAGCUUCCAACUCCCAGUUUGACUGAAAGAGAAGCUGCCUGAAUGAGAGCAUAUAUGGGCCUCGGGUAAAUGCGUGGUUCUGAUGUAAAUGCAACUCUGGCAUAGAAUAGCAGGUGUUCAGAAGUGCUUGUGGGUUACACAUGUGCCAGUGUACUUUGUUUAUAUGUUGUUAACUCUGUACACCUGUUUAUUUGACCAUACUUACACUCAAUUCUAAAAUAUUUUGCAGGAUGGCUGAAAUGCACGUUUCUCUGGGCUGCGUUAAAAAGAGCAUGGCCAACAGGUUGAGGGAGGUGAUCCUCCUCCGCUUUGUGACGAGGCCGCAUUUAGUGUGCUGUGUCCAGUUCUGGGCUCCCCAGUUCUAAAAAGACAGGGAUCUCCUAGAAUGAGUCCAGUAGAAGGCCACAGAGAUGAUAAAGGGCCUGGAGCAUCUUCUGUAUGAGGAAAGGCUGUGUCACAUGGGUCUCAGCCUGGGGAAAAGAAGACAGAGAGGAUCUGGUAAAUGUUUUUAAAUAUCUAAAGGGAGGUGGGAAGCAAACGGACAAGGCCAGGCUAUUCUCAGUGUUAUAUAGUAAUAGGACAAAGAGUAAUGGCCUAAAACUUGAACAUUGGAAGUUCUAUACUAUCAUGCAGAAGAACUUCUUUACAGUAAAGGCGCUGGAACAGGCUGCUCAGAGAGGUUGUGCAUUCUCCUGUGGAGAUAUUAAUGACCCAUCUGGAUGCCUACUUGCGUGACCUAUUGUAGGGAACCUGCUUUAGCAGGGGUGUUGGACUCAGUGAUCUCUUCAUACCCUUUCCAAGCCCUGUGGUUUUGUUACCUUAAACAAUUGCUCAGUGUAUGUGAGUCCUACAGAGGUAUAUUUUCAAAAAAUAGUAAUUAAAACAAACAAAAAAAACAACAACAAAACAACUUUAUGGUACUGUCCCAGGACCAAACAAGGAAAGUAAGAGAAUGCAUUAUUUUAACAUUGGUUUUCAGAUGGUAAUUUUUUUUUGUUUGAGUGAUUAUGAUUACGUGAAUUAUAAGUGAAAUUAUUCUGAAGUCAUACAUAUUUUCUCUUUUUCAUUCUGCUAAAAAGAUUGGAUGGUAGCACAGAUGAUACCUAGUGCUGUACCGUAAGUCUUGACACACAUCUCUUGAAUGAGUGUUUCCUGAAUAAAUGGACACAAAUAGGAAGAUUGAAUAUUGUACUCAAUUGGUUUUGAAUUUAACCUAUUUGCUAAGCUUUUACAGACAGAUCAGGAUGAACAGCACUUAAAUCUACAGAGCGCAAAGCAAUAAUGAAAGCAGUGAGCAGAGAUAGCUUACUUGGAUGAUGAAUGAACCAUGCAGAUUGUUGCGACAGUUCAUAUAAUUGCUUUUCCUGUACAGUCAUUAAGAACAGAAAUUUUCAAACUGGCUUUAUGUAUGAGAUUUUUAUUAUUAUUUUAAAUUGCCAGUUGUUGGAGAUCAGAUAUUGAGUGCAGUCAGCACUGGAGUUCCUCUCUGCUUUUUUGUUGAUAAACAUAGAUCUUGACAUCCUUGUAGUAUCAUCUUAUCUGUUGGAGUUGCAUAGCAGUGGUGUGGUGCUGCAUGCUCCUGCCCUAAUCACACAGAACAAAUGCUCUGCACUUCUCAGAGGGUUGCAGCGUGAAGGGACUUGCUUGUGCUGGGUGUCUGCUGGCUUACAUCCCUUUUUUUCCCUCCUGCUUUGGGGGUCAAAUUUCCUAAGUAGAAAAAACAGAGGGGAAAAGGGCAGGUGACUUUGGGGAAAUCGUAGCAGAGAAUACUUAUUUUGAUCUCUUGAUUUAAGUUACAUUUUGAUUACCCUUUCAGAGUUUAGAUAAUCAUACUAUUGAGAUUAAACUAAUCUGAUAAAUGUCUGUGUGAUUGUAGGCUCUGGUAGGGUGAGGGGGAAAUAUCUUUAACCUAGAAAGCUUGAACAGCUUCUUUACAGGCCAAUAAAACCAAGCCUUAUUUCAGCUCUGUCAUACAGACUGCGGUCCAUGGACACAAUUAUGAAUUAAAAAUUGCCAAAAUAUUCAUACUCUGUCUUCUGCCCUGCCACCUUCCAUGACAAAACAGCUCUGAAUGCAGUUCAUCAUAACAUAAGCUGCUGGGACAAGCUGAUAGUAACUGAGGUCUGAGACCUUCUGUGGGGUGUGUGUUACAGUGGGGUGCCAGCACCUGCUGUGAGGGUCUUCCCACCUCUCAUGCUGGUAAUGCCACUCACAGUUCAUACCACGGGGCUGCUGAAGCCUUAUGCUUUGUGGUUUUCUGAUGGUAGUGGGUAGCCACUUUGCUCUUUUUGCUGUUCUUUGUUUGUCUGUGCUUUCUUGAUCCUUGCUUCUUAACCCAUGUGAACAAGAAAGACAAGGGAUCAAAGGUAGAAGCUUCUGGAGGAGAGGACAACAGCAACAAACUCACAAGUGUAUUUUAUCCUGAAGCUGGUAAUAUUUGGGACCAACGUCUAAGGUGCUGACCCAACAAAAAAUGGUGGAUAGUGAUAGAUACCAGAAAAACAAAGGCAGCUUGAAGAGAAUGAUUGGCAACAGAUUCCACAUGAUUGGCAGCAGAACAUGCAGAAAAGAUAUAAAUGGUUUAGGAAGAAAUUAAACUCUUUUAAAAUGAGGGAAAUAAAAUUGUUUUCUGGUGAAACAUUACAAUCAUUUGGCCUAUCUGUUCCCUUGGGUGCAGAGCUGUGUUGCUUAGGAGGGGUUCCACUGGCUCACUGCGAAAGGCCUGAAGUACCUUCCCACUGAUGUCAGUGAGAGCAGAAGCAAGCCGGACAUGAUGCAAACAGAAAGCUAAGCGAAGUUGGGAAGAGUUCAGCUUCUGCCAACAGAACAAACAUCCUGGGUUGUGUUAAACUCGUGUCUGGUGGCUUAUUUCUGCCUACAUUACUAGAUGGAAACAUCAUCCAAAUGGCUUAAGAUUCAAUUUUUUUUUGUUUCUUUGUGGUCUGCAGCUGAUAAGAGCCUACCCUCAUAUUAUACUGUUCUCAGCCCUGGUUGCUCCUAAUUUGUAAUUUGUGUUCCUCUUCCUCCCCUCAAACAACCACCAACACUGGCAUUUUUCCUCUUGUCCCACCAAAUUGUGUUCCCAUUUUCCUACUAUGUGCCAAAUUAAAAUGACAGUUCUAUAAAUAAAAUCUCUGAAAGUA